UCGUACCGCUUUUCGAUGGCGAACCUCGAGGAAACGCAAGAAGCCGAACUGGACGCCAUCUUGGGCGAGCUGAGCAUCCUGGAAGAGCGAAGUGAUCUACGCCAUGGACGAACGCACAGUCGCACCAACUCGACGAUAUCGGCAGCCACCAACACGACGCUUUCUUCCGAGAGUGGGUGCAGUAGUGUGGCCGCAGACACGGUCUGCAGCGGGGGCAGCAUUGCCAGUGGUAUGGGAGGAGGCGUAGGUGGUGGGAGCAUAAGUCUACACCGGGAACCUCGCACCGACAGUCCCGACAAUGAUUCCGCCUUCAGUGACACGGUGUCGCUCAUGUCGAGCGAAUCGUCCGCCUCGAGCAGUGUCAGUAGUUCACAUCUGAAGCAUCUACAGGCGGCUGCAGCUGGGACGGUGCCAGGUGCACCAGUGGUUACUGCUGUCGGUGUUCAACAGAACCAAGAUGGCGGCAAACAGGCCAAAAUCCACCUCGCACUGCAAAAGCUGGAGCAGGCGUCAGUGAGACGACUCUUUGUGAAGGCGUUUACGGCCGAUGGUGCCUCCAAAUCGUUGCUGGUGGAUGAAUCGAUGAGUUGUGGACAUGUGACACGGCUGCUGGCGGACAAGAACCACGUCCAGAUGGAACCGGCGUGGGCCAUCGUCGAGCAUUUGCCCGAGUACCAGAUGGAGCGACUAUUCGAGGACCACGAGAUGUUGGUGGACAAUCUGAUGCUGUGGAAUCGGGAUUCGAAGAAUCGCGUACUGUUCCUGCAACGAAACGACAAGGUGGGUCUGUUCCGGACACCUGAAAGUUUCCUGCCUGGCACACAAAUGGCCCCGGGAAGUGAGCACGAUGAACACACGAGGACCAUGCUGCUGGAUGAGUUCUUCUCCAGUGGGAGUCAGAUCGCGUUGGAAGGGCCGCUCUACAUGAAGAACGAUGCCAAGAAAGGUUGGAAAAAAUACCAUUUCGUGCUGCGAGCGUCCGGUCUGCAUUACUACCCGAAGGAAAAGACCCGCUCGGCGAAGGACCUGCUGUGUUUGGCGUUGUUUGCUGGGCAUGAGGUGUACCGUGGCCUUGGAUGGAAGAAGAAACAUAAAGCCCCGACUGACUACACGUUCGCUCUACGCUGCCCGAAAGUACCAGCCGGUGUGAAAGGCAUCCGGUCGGUGAAGAUGCUCUGUGCGGAGGAUGCGACAUCGCUAGAGCACUGGAUAACUGCCAUACGGGUCAUGAAGUAUGGCAAAAAACUCCUUGACAACCAUCGGACGCUGUUGGACGACUUGGCCAGGGAGGAACUGGACAAGCUCAGCUCAGCCAGAAGUAGCUCGAUCGGGAGUAUCGUCUCGUCCGUCCCUUCGCAGUGCAGUACGGGUAGUAGCAAUAGCAGUGGAAGCGGUAGCAAUCAUCUCAUAGUUCCUCUUGGUGCCGGUGCCGGUGGCAAUGGCUGCACGGCCAACGGCAAUGGUCGUCUCUCGAGGGCAUCCUCAUCAAGCUCCAGCGGAUGUUUGUCGGAUGAGAACAACGGUUUUGACACCGAAUUCCCAACGGGCACGAUCAAACGCAAACCCUCGAUGAAACCAAACCUUCCACUCACCUCGAUGACUCGUCAGCUCAAGGAGGUCGGUGAAACGACGCGGCUUAAGGAUUCUCCAGGAGCGGUCUCGACGGGAUCCUUCGGUGAAGGUGGAACCCUUACACGGCGCCACAGCCGUCGACGAAGCGAAGAAAGCACAGGCAGUGGUACACUUAAACGUCGCCCAAUGCCAACCCAGAACCGGGGUUCGAUCGAAAGCAUGAGUUCCUCGGCAUCAACACCUACGCCCAUGGGUAGUGUGUUGAACACACCCGUCAGCUUUGAUCUACCAACGGUUACGUUGUUGAAUGGAUCCACGCAUCCUGUGCUAGUGACUCCAAACGGUUCGGGUCCUGGUGUGAUUGUGGAACCUCCACCAUCGUGUAUGACCGAUUCGACCUUCUCACUUCCGCCUCCACCUGCGGCGGAUGAUCCUACACUGUUGGGUGCGGUCUUCACCGGUUCCACGCUAUCGCUCGAUUCACUGCCACCUCCGCCGCCACCAAACGAGCUCGCUGACUCCUUCGGAGGAUCUCAACUAUCGCUGGCUUCCGUGCAAUUACCUCCACCACCGCCACCGGCCGGGCUGUUGGCGGUGAGCGGCGGUUCCUCCGUGCCAACCGUUCAGUCUUCCGUCACCGUAGUGGCGCCCUCUAGCGGGCCCAACGCAGCAACAGACGUCCGACAGCAGGAGCGUCCUGCUAACGCGAUGCCUACGGUCGCACAGUCCAUCAAGAAGCUGAACAGUCAAACACUCCCGAACCCGGCCCCGGCCGCCAUCUUGAAGAAGGAGACGAUCUAUUCGAAAACGCUGAAGCCUUCAGCUCUGAAGGCACCACCCUAUAAAGCUCCACCACCGUAUAAUGGCGCUGAUGGUGGAUCUACGACGGAUGGUCCUGUGGCUCCCGCGAAGAGUGUGUCCUUCGCCGAAUCUCCGGUGUUGUUGCGACGCAAGGUGUGCUUCGAGGACGAAGUGCAAGAGGUGCCACCUUCACCGAGGCGGUUGUGUGCCUCGUACAGUGCGGGUCCACCACCAGCACCUCCACCACGAGCCGAGGCCACACGCCUAUCGACGACGUACACUUCGCCUAAACGACUGAGCGAGUCGAGUGCCAAUCCACCGCGGGACUUCCUCAAGGACCUGCAGCGGGUGAUGAACAAGAAGUGGCAGGUAGCCCAGAAGUGCAAGCUGGAACCAGCGACCACACCACACGAGGUCCUUGGAUUCCGUGACAUCCACGGUGGCAGCGAUCUGUACUCCUCUGCGACACCGUUCUACCGCGAGACGGCCAAUGUCAGUAAUUGGGUCCAGGAGCACUACGGUGCUGCUCCGGAUGGGCUGUACGAGAACCUCGGCAGUAAUAUGGGCAUGGAGCCAAACUAUCCGAUCGUACCGACGGUCGAACAGGUUCAACAGCGCCAUCUGUCGAGCGGAUCUCUAUCGUCUGGUGGAGGUAGCGUCAAGAAACGACCACCUCCGCCACCUCCAAAGCGCAGCGAGAAGACACAACUGACCACCACGACAACCGGCGGGUUGGUGGCCGGCGGUGGCUCGAUCGUCUCACAACCACUGCCACCUUCCGCGCACCAUCUGCACCAUCACCAGCAGCUGCUGAACCACCAGCAGUACAUCCAGCACCAACAGCAGCAGUCACCGCCGCAGCAUCAACCGCCAUCUCAUCAGCAACGAGUCUGAACCCUACUGUGCCUGUACUGGCCCCGAUGCAGAGAAGAAAGUGCUAGAUCCGACACGUAGCCAUCGGGCCAUCGUGUGUCGAACCAGCAGUUCUUCUUGGGUCACCUGCAAAGCUGGCCUAAUAAUGUGUGAGAGCUAGUACGCCACUAACGCACGGAACACUUACGCAUGCGCUUUUGCGGUGAAGCUGUGCGAACGGAAAGUCUGCUUAGGAGAAAAGAAUCGUCUUUUCGGUAACUAAGAAUUAUGAGUUUAUUUAGAACAAAUUAGUGGGCUUGCAGAUGCGCAUUGAAGCGCAUAAUUUAGUGCGCAGUCUGCAAGCGAUCAAGUGAUCGCGCAAGGAACGAUAAGGAUGCGCACUGUUAGGUGAGAAGACGUUCUCAAGCGAACUGCGACUGCGCCUCAUCAAGACUGCCUUCUCUGUUGGGCACAAAGUGUGGCGUUAACGUUUUACUCGAUCGGCACGAGGCGCCCGGUUGGAAAGUUAAAUAAAUUACGUUUGUGUAACGGUCGGACGAUGUCCUUGUGCGAAAUCGUAGGGAGUUGUUAGUCCCGAUGCUAACUGAAGCAGGCCAAUCGUUGAGAAAAUUCCGACCCAAACACUCGACAUGGAAACGGUUCUUCCGGCGAUAUGUACAGUUGUAUUUAAAUAAGCGUAAGACUUGCUCGUAUGUUGUAAGCGAUAUAAAAUAUCCGGGAUUGCGGGCGAAUCGCGACCAGGGAUUGCUUUUAGACCAUGGACGGUUAGACUGACGACCGCUGACAAAGGCCGCGAGCCUUGAAGCGUCGACAACGAAAGCACUGAAAACGGAAAGGCAUCAGAAUGGUGGUGUGUUGCUGGUGUCGCAACUUACUAAAACCAAAAUGGGACAUCGAUCCCUUCGGCGCCGUGUUGUGUACAGGAACGGUUCUUCGAUCGCGUUCUCCGAUCCUUGUUGCGCGCAAGGAACCGGAACCGAUCGACCUCUGCUAAAGCGGAACGGGAACGAUUCAAUAACAGCAAGUGCCAUGGGCGAAGUAGGCGUAGCUUUAGAAACGCGCAUAACACGUAAUCUUACCAAUAGUGUCGUAAUAAAACGCCGGGCCGAAUGUAUGCCAAUCUACCCCGGCGUGCUUCUCAUUUUUGUAGGUGUAUUCCGCUCUAGUGUACGUUAUGUUACAAGAACAAUGCUUUGCUUCGUAGUUGGGUACUUUUGUCGUUGUUGUUUUUCAUCUCUAUUAUAAUUACACGUGCGACAUUUGGAUAAAUUGUGGAACGAAACCACGCGCCAGAACCCGCACAGAACGGUCCUGCAAUGUUGGACGUUUUGAACAGCUGUUUUGCUAUGUCGUAGGUAUUUUGAAGCAUAAACCAGUUUUUUGGAGGCAAUAUUUAUGACGAUUUGUGAGCGACCGUUUAUCUUGAAACCAUGCUCGUUUGUGGUGCAUGGCCGAGGGCAUCUCGAGGAGAAGCCACUCCUGGCAGACGGUAAGCCGUCCGAAGGGGAGAAAACGUAGGCGAAAUUCGGAAAUGUAAAUAAAUAAACGCACACAGCAUAACCUACUACGGACUACGAUCAUUAAUCAAACACCAUAACUGAAUGAAACAAUAAUUUUACAAACGAUCGUAUAUCGAAUUUUACAGUUACGAUAGUUGAUGCAGGAUCAGCUGAAGGUGAAGGCAGGCCAGAUGAGCGCCACGGUGUGAGUGUGGAGUUGUAUCAUUUUGAUUUUUUCGACAAACUAUUUUACACAGUCCACGUAUUGGACGAUAAAAGAAAGUAUAUAUACAUAGCGAGGAUGAUGGCGUGUAUGAAACGAAUGCGAAUAGCGACUAAUUCGAGGGAGAAUAGCGGAUGAUAUAUUAGGAAUAUGAAAUUGGUGCUUUCAAGAUGAACUAAAAUUACAGAGUGCGUUGGUGAGCAGGCACCGAGGAUGUGUAGGAAUCGUUUUGAGUAUACAAUUUUUGAAACAAACUCCGUUCUGGUUGGCAGGAAAGGUGGAGCGUUGUAUCAGAUAUCACUCAGACAAGGCUUCGUUAAGGAUUGAAUAAGACAUCCAAGCAUCGUUAGAGCAUGCUGUAUGGGAAUUUGAUACUUCAGUCCUGAAUGAUAGCCUAAUAUAAACACACAUUUUGCACUACAUCAUACUGAACUGAGCGUGGACGAUCAUAUUAGUGCACAUGUUGCAGCCAUUGCGUGGCGAGAUCACGGUUCGUUUCGUGUGCUUUUAGCUUCCGGUGAUUAGACAGAUAAACUAAACUAACCAUUCUAGCUAUUGUACGAUGCAUUCGGUGCUCGUCGACACGGCUCUGCUCUUGUGCAGGCUUUGGCUGUAUACACAUACUUAUAACACUAUGAAACUAUGUGCAACGUCAGGGAAAGCAUUAAUCUAAUCCUUCCGGUUCUGCUUUCGCCCACACUAAUCAUCACGAACGGAGUAAGGAUGCUUGAUAUAUUUAACCGCCAACGAACCAAAACCAUACAGGAACGACCACAAUAGGAAAUAGGAAAUGCGAGCAGGAAGGAGCAGAGUAAGUGUAACGGAACCGUCUCUAACAAUCGCACGUUUAUUUUAUCGAUCCGUUCAGCUUUGGACUACUACUGUAAGGUGCGAAAGGUGACUAGCGUAGUUAAUGUAGCUAAUCGUGCGAAAGGAUACGACUGCAGGAUAUACAAAUUCGAUAUCCGAGUGGCGGAUGUAAGCAAUUUCGGGCGCACGAUUUGGCUCGCUUAUCAGGCAGGAGAAUCGGAGGUGUGACGAAAAGUGACUGAAGGUGUUUCGCUUCCACGUUCCAAACGCAUCCCCUCUGUCUUUUCAUUGCUUUCGCCCACUAAAUGCAUGCCUUUCGGAUCAUAGUUCUUUCUACUCGUUUCAUAUUGAUCGCCUAAGGAAGCGAUCGAUAGUCUGGAUCGCGGCUGGUGGGUGUGAUGGGAGAAGCAAAGGCGAGUGAUAUGACGAGAGGUAAAAGCGAAGGUUGGAGCAGAGUGUACGUGUAAGAGUAAUGCGAACUGGAUGAUUGCCGAAUACUAAAUAGAAAACAAGGCUUUUUCAAGCUUGAUGAAAGUAAACUAUGUAAAAAUAAGAAUAAAGAUGCUGCCAUU